AACAUUUGAAUUAUGAAUUUGCGGUGUGUGAUUCGGAUUUCUCUAUCUCUGUCAUGCCUUCUAAAAUUGUGGAGUAGUGAGUACUAAAUACGUGUAUUAUUUUAAAAGUAAUUUCAAUUUAUUGAAUUGCUAACAAUCCUCACAAUGUCGGACAAUGAAAUCGAUGACACUCCAGCAGCCUUAGGAGGAGCCGCUGAUAUCAACGUUGCUCUUCAAGAAGUUAUGAAAAAAGCCCUAGCUCACGAUGGAGUCGUUCGAGGUUUACACGAAGCAACAAAAGCUCUUGACAAACGACAAGCUUUAUUAUGCGUUCUCGCCGAAAACUGUAGCGAAGCUAUGUACAAAAAAUUGGUCCAAGGUUUAUGUAACGAGCACCAAAUACCCUUAAUUACCGUCGAUGAUAAUAAAAAGCUCGGAGAAUGGGCCGGUCUAUGUAAAAUUGAUAAUGCCGGAAAAGCUAGGAAAGUUGUAGGCUGCUCGUGUGUUGUUAUCAAGGACUGGGGUGAAGAAACACAGAACCUUGAUAUCUUAAAAGAUUAUUUAAAAACUCUAGGAGCUGUUUGAUUUUGUAUGUGAGCUAAUAAAUAAUUUUUUAAUUAUCGUUA